AUGGGUAUCGUCGGUAAAGAUAACGGAAUGCGGGCCUUGAUUCUGGUUGGUGGAUACGGCACACGUCUGCGGCCACUGACUCUCAGCACCCCGAAACCAUUGGUAGAGUUUGCCAACAAACCCAUCCUUUUGCACCAGAUCGAAGCCCUCGUCGAGGCGGGUGUGACACAAGUCAUACUGGCCGUUUCGUACCGUGCCGAACAGAUGGAAGCGGAACUAUCUGCCCAGGUUGAACGGCUUGGUGUCAAGUUAAUAUUUUCCCACGAAACUGAACCGCUCGGUACGGCUGGACCGCUGGCACUGGCCAAAUCCAUCCUCUCCGAAAGCACGGAACCCUUCUUUGUGCUCAACUCGGACAUUAUAUGCGAUUUCCCAUUCAAAGAGCUGGAACAGUUCCAUCGGCGACAUGGCCGGGAAGGUACGAUCGUCGUGACGCGUGUUGAAGAACCGUCCAAGUACGGUGUCGUGCUGUACGCGGAAGACGGAUGCAUUAAAAGCUUCAUCGAAAAGCCACAGGAGUUUGUGAGCAACAAAAUCAACGCAGGAAUGUAUGUGCUGAACCCAUCCGUUUUGUCCCGCAUCGAGCUGAAGCCCACGUCCAUCGAGAAGGAAAUCUUCCCCGUAAUGUCACACGAAAAGGAACUGUACGCGUUUGAGCUGAACGGUUUCUGGAUGGACAUUGGCCAACCGCGGGACUUUCUCACCGGUAUGUGUCUCUAUUUAACUUCUCUUCGGCAACGACAACCGGAACUGUUGUACAGUGGCCCAGCUGGAUUCGUGGGGAACGUGCUGGUGGACCCGACAGCCAAAAUCGGAGCCGGGUGCAGGAUCGGACCGAACGUUACGAUCGGUCCAAAUGUGGUGAUCGAGGACGGUGUGUGCAUCAAGCGCUGCACCAUCCUGAAGGACGCCAUCAUCAAAUCCCACUCGUGGCUGGACAGUUGCAUUAUCGGUUGGCGUUGUGUUGUCGGUCGGUGGGUUCGGCUAGAAGGCACGACCGUGCUCGGUGAGGACGUGAUCGUGAAGGACGAAAUCUACAUCAACGGCGGCCAAGUGUUACCCCACAAAAGCAUCGCGCUGAGCGUUCCCGAACCGCAGAUCAUCAUGUAG